GACAACAAGAAAACACAAACAAAUCCAGUAUAUAAGCAGAUCAGUGGCACAGUGCCUCACAGUUCAGGCAGUAGCCAUCAAAGAGUUCUGCAGGACCUUACACUAGCCACCAUGAAGUUUCUGGUAAUGUUGUGUUUGAUGGUGGUGGGUGCCAACGCUAAGUUUGGGAAACAUGGCAUUGUUAUGCCCGACGGCAACAAUGUCCAGUUUACUCACGAUCAGGCCGAGAACAUCCUUAUAAUCGGCCCCUCUGGCGCCAUCACUGCUGACGGCAAACACGUGCAGCUGGAUGCAGAUGGACUUCCUGUCACCCGCGCCAAGCGAGCAGUGCUGCUACAGGGACCCUCCAGCGUGCUCUUCGAGGAUGGACAAAGGAGGUCACUUUCAGGCGGCGUAAAAAUCGUGGAAAUUACUGAGACUGGCGCCGUCUUAUCCAACGGUGAUAAUGUUCAGUUCAAGCUCAAGAACUAGUGCUCCUUUCCCUUUUUUAUGCAACUGAGGGUCUCUUGGACUACAUCACCAACAAACAACUUGAACAACUUCCCCCGUUCGUCACUGUCAUCAACAAUAUAUGUACAUCCCGGCACUUUUCUUUCCGACGAAAUGAGACCCAGUUGCUUAACUAAGUAAAUGUAUUUAACUCACGAUCUUGCCCUAUUUACCUAUUGUAUUCUGCACCAACAUCUACUGAGGGGAGCUUCAUGGAAUUAUGUAUAAAUCUCCAAUAAAUACCAAAUUAA